UGAGUCACCACAACCCCUCAGUUAUUGCCUCCCCUAUAUCCCAAACACAAAAAAUAUAUUACUGGUAAUUCCUUCAAUGCCUCCACCAUCAUGUUCCUUUAGCUGCCAUCAAUUUUUUCCCUAUCAAGCACACGAAUGGAAUAGAAGUAUGGACAGAUUUUUAAAAAAUUAAGUUCGGGAUUAAGACCCACGAGAUCGAGGAAUACUAAUUUGGUAACAAGAUGUGGCUCUGCGCCUCGAGAAGCUUCAAUUGGUAUCUGGGCCUCCAGAAAUACAGCUUGGCAAGUGGAAAAACAAGAUCUCUGUUCCAAUCUGCAAAUGUUGUUGAAAGGCAGAAUUUGGAAGGUGGUAUGGAUGGAUCCUUAGCGGAGAAGUAUGCUUCUUCGCAUGAAAGACUGUCUGAUGACAUACGGAAAGAGAAUCGUGUAUCGGAUAUGCUAAUUGAUUCAUUUGGGAGGCUUCAUACUUAUUUGAGGAUCUCUUUGACUGAACGUUGCAACUUACGGUGUCAGUACUGUAUGCCAGCUGAGGGUGUAGAAUUAACCCCAAAUUCUCAUCUUCUAUCACAAAAUGAGAUUCUUCGUUUGGCGAAUCUUUUUGUCAGUUCUGGAGUUGACAAAAUUCGUUUGACUGGUGGAGAGCCAACUGUCAGAAAGGAUAUUGAAGAUAUUUGCUCACGGCUGUCAAACCUGAAGGGACUAAAAACCUUGGCUAUGACCACAAAUGGAAUUACACUAGCAAGGAAACUGCCAAAACUGAAAGAAUGUGGACUGAAUUUGGUAAACAUAAGCUUAGAUACAUUGGUACCAGCAAAAUUUGAAUUUAUGACUCGGCGUAAAGGAUAUGAAAGGGUGAUGGAGUCAAUUAAUGCUGCAGUCGACUUGGGAUACAAUCCUGUCAAGGUCAAUUGUGUCGUAAUGCGUGGGUUCAAUGAUGAUGAGAUCUGUGAUUUUGUAGAAUUGACGCGUGAGAAGCCCAUUAAUGUUCGGUUUAUUGAGUUCAUGCCUUUUGAUGGAAAUGUUUGGAACGUCAAGAAACUUGUGCCCUACUCUGAAAUGUUGGACAGAGUGGUUAAACAAUUUACAGGGGUUCAGAGAAUUCAGGACCAUCCAACUGAGACUGCUAAGAAUUUCAGGGUUGAGGGCCAUCAGGGUUCAGUUUCUUUUAUUACAUCAAUGACUGAGCAUUUUUGUGCUGGAUGUAACAGAUUGAGACUUUUGGCUGAUGGGAAUUUCAAAGUAUGCCUUUUUGGUCCCUCAGAGGUGAGCUUAAGGGAUCCACUUCGUCUUGGUGUUGAGGAUAAUGAGCUCAAGGAGAUUAUUGGGGCUGCGGUUAAGAGAAAGAAGGCUUCUCAUGCUGGCAUGUUUGAUAUUGCAAAGACAUCAAAUAGACCCAUGAUCCGCAUUGGUGGCUAAGCUUGUGCGAAGUUAAUCUUGGCGGUCCAACCUCCUUGUAACCCACAAAGAUGAGACCGAUACUCGACGACAGAUCUUUGGGGUGUAAGUUAUGUUGUAUAAAUAGUGAUGAUGCUUUCAUUUAAUAAGCAUGGUGUGCUGAAUAAUCUGUAAUUGCCAGUUCAUUAGCCAUUGUACUGGAUAGAAAAGGAGGUUAUUGAUAUGACUCCCAGGAGUUUUUGCUUCCUUCCUUCCACCAAAUUCACUAUAUCAUCACUGUGUUGCUUUUCAUCCAGUUCAAGGUUUAUUCUGUCAGGCUAAUGAAACCUGUGGCUUGUUGUUUUGCAUUAUUUUCUACUUGCUUGAGGAGCUCAGUAAAAUAUGAAUUUUCUUUUGCA